AUGGACUUUGAACAGACGCCCAGGAAGCUCUGGGAGCAUCCAGACCCCAAAAGCACCGCCAUGUGGGCGUUCAUGCAAGAUGCGAAUGCGAAAUAUGGAUUGGACAUGCAGGACUUUCCUGCUCUCUACAAAUGGUCAUGCUCUCACCGCAACCAGUUCUGGUCUCUUGUCUGGGAAACCAUGCCCUUAAUCCACUCCGGCAGCUACACGCAGCCCGUCGAUGAGUCCAUUCCCGUCUCGCAGCUCCCGGCCUGGUUCGCGGGCAUUCAGCUCAACUGGGCGGAAAACUUCCUCUGGAGCCGGAGCGCCAACGACGCCCCCGGCACGAGGACCCAGCUCAACAAGGAGGACUCCAAGAUUGCCCUCACAGAGGUGCGCGAGGGCAACACCGAGGUUCGGCACAUGACGUGGGCGGAGCUGCGGAGAAGGGUGGCCGAGCUGGCCACGGCGAUGAAGGAGAGAGGCGUUGGGAGAGGGGACCGGGUGGUCAUGGUUGGCGCGCAUUCGGCGACGACGCUGAUUGUGUUUUUGGCAACGACUUGGCUGGGCGGGCUGUUUAGCAGUAGUUCUACGGAUAUGGGCGUUGGAGGCUUGUUGCAGAGGACGGCACAGAUCGAUCCCAAGUACGUCUUCUUCGAUGACGGCGCCUCGUACAACGGCAAGACAAUUGACCUCCGGGACAAGAUCCAAGGCGUCAUGGAAGGACUGCAGUCAUGUCCGUCGUUCAACAAGGUGGUUGUCGUGCAGCGGUUCAAAGGGCAGCCCUACCCUACGGGACACAUUGCCAACACGGAACGACUCGAGGACUUUAUCCUGUCAAAGGGAUACAAGCAGCCUCCACCCAUGGUCCGCAUCGGCUUCCAGGACCCCAUGAUUGUGUACUACUCUUCUGGGACGACGGGCAUCCCCAAGGCAAUUGUUCACGGGGUCGGCCCCUUGCUGAUAAGCAUCCAGAAAGAAGGCAUCCUGCACAAAGGCACCACCCCGGACGACGUUGGCCUUCAAUUCACCACCACCGGAUGGAUCAUGUACCUGAGCAGCGUGUCGCAGCUACUCUUGGGAGCUAGGGCCGUUCUGUACGACGGGUCACCAUUCGUCCCAGAUGCAACCGUGCUCUUAAAGAUUGCCGAACAACAGGGCGUCACGACACUCGGCCUCAGCCCACGCUGGAUGACGGAGUUGAUGAAGAAGGGAAUUUCUCCCAGAAAAGUAGCCGACCUCUCCAAGCUAAGAAAGGUGGUCAGCACGGGCAUGGUCCUGCCCGACCAGAUGUUCGAGUGGUUCUACGAUGAGGCGUUCCCGCCCGAGGUCCAUCUCGCCAACAUUUCCGGCGGCACCGACAUUGCCGGCUGUUUCGUCCUCGAAAACCCCCUGACGCCCGUCCACGUAGGCGGCUGCGUCGGCGGCUCCCUGGGCGUCCCCAUCGCCGUGUACGACCACGACCUCGCCGACGGCAGCGAGGGCAAGCCCCUCCCCGCCGGGCAGGCAGGCGACCUCGUCGCCACGGCUGCGUUCCCCAACGUGCCCCUGUUCUUGUGGAACGACGACGCGCCGUCGCCGGGCAAGAAGUACCGCGGCGCGUACUUUGACCGCUUCGACGGGGCGUGGGCGCAGGGCGACUUCUGCGUCUUCCACCCCAAGACGGGCGGCGUCUUGAUGCUGGGCCGGUCGGACGGCGUGCUCAACCCCAGCGGCAUCCGGUUCGGCAGCUCGGACAUUUACGCCGUGCUGGAGCGGUGCUUCCCGGCCGAGGUCGCCGAGUCGCUGUGCGUCGGGCAGCGGCGGCCGGGCGACCUCGACGAGCGCGUGGUCCUGUUCCUGAUCAUGAGGCAGGGCCGGACGCUGGACAGGAAGAUGGUGACGAGCAUCAAGGACACGAUUGCAAGGGAGCUGACCAAGAGGCAUGUCCCGCGGUACGUGUUCCAGGUGCCCGAGAUCCCCGUCACCGUCAACGGCAAGAAGGUCGAGCUGCCGGUCAAGAGUAUCAUCUCGGGCAAGACGGUGAAGCCGAGCGGGACCUUGUUGAACCCGGGUAGUCUGGACUUUUUUUACAGGUUCCAGAAGGUGGAGGAGCUGGAGGAGCCGCUUGCUAAAUUGUAG